UUACCUCCAGAGAGAAACAGAACAAAACACAGAACCCAUGAAAUUAAACGAAAGAUAGAAAGUGAAGAAACCCCCCUCUUCCCGACUUUUGCUUUUAAAUGCACCCUUUCUCUCACUUUCUCUCUCCACUCCUCCAGUAGUCCGUUCCCUCCCUCUCUCUUCCUCUGUAACUGCUUUAUCUUUUCUGAAAGUCCGAGCUUCUUUUAUCUUGUUUAUAGCUAUAGUCUUAUUGUUAUUUUAUUUUAUUUUAUUUUUUUUUGUAAAGGGUUUGCAUUUUGAGUUUGAUUCGAGCUCUACAGAAUGAUCUCUCGAUGAAAUGGCUGUAUUGACGAUGGCCUUUAACAACAGCAACAAGAAUACCAACAACGAAGCCAAGCCUACUUUCCAUGAUUUUCUUGGCAUGAGCUGUGCUUCUGCUCCUGGUUUGCCUCUUCGUUUAGCGCCAAAGGCUUCUGCUUUUGUUGGAGAUAUCCGUCCAUCUGAACCAUCCGCAUCGGCUUCGGCCUCUGUCGGAGCUUCUUCUGGUGCUUAUGGCCCUGUUUCCGCUGCUACUUCUGAUCUGGGUUCUGUAGAAAGGCAGGUGGGGAACCAGUUUGAAGGGGUUUCAUUUCAUGGCUCGAGGAGUGAUGUGUCUGGCCCUGAGAUAAGCAAUAGGUUCCCUGGAAGAAAAAGGAGCAAUUCGGAGUCCACAUUCAUGGGGUCAACAAGAGAUAGAAUGCCUCAAACAGGACCGGGAUCCUGUGAAAACUCCCACCUGAUGAAAAUACUCCGAAAUGGAGGUGGGGGAGAACGGCCAAGAUGGUCUCGAGAUGAGGAACUUUUCAUUGGUAUGCAACCACCAAGGCCGACUUCUACUUCUGUCAUAUUACAGCCGCCCAUUGGCAGUAGUAGACCUGAUUCUGUAAUUUCGAAGUGGGAGCGGCCUAUGCCCAUGAAUGCAGGCGCCAUGGUGCCCAUGAAAACUCCUCUUCUAAACCAAACCACACCCUUCGCUGAUAAGGUCUCCUCUACUAAAUACAGGGAGGCCAAUACCGGCCCUUGGCGAAUCUCUCAACCAGCUGCUGAUGAGGGCUCUAGAACAGGCAUUAAAGGUUCUGGAAUUCUGAGUGUUGUUAAUGCCAGUGUUGGACCUUCUGAACGAAACUCACCUGGGUUGCUGCCAAGUAGCAGCAGACCAAAGUCUGGACCUCACAUUGGAGAUCCUGAAUCUUCUAAUCCAAUGAGUCGACGUGGAUUAAUGUCUGCUAGUUGUCAAAUGACUAUAUUUUAUGCUGGCCAAGCUCAUGUUUUUGAUGAUGUCCACCCUAACAAGGCAGAAGUAAUAAUGGCAUUAGCAGGAUCAAAUGGGGCAUCAUGGUCCACAUCUUAUUCCCCAAAGUCCACUGUGCAGCCACCCAUUAGACAGCCACCCCAUGGUGAAAACUUUCCCCGCAGUGGAGGUAAUGAAAUGGGCAAAAGCAGCUUACCAUUCUCACAAGAUAUACGUGGAAGGAGGUUGUCCAUACCAGGGAAUCUCAGUCAUGGACUUAGCCAAGGUGGCCGAGUCUCAACGACCCGAAGUGAUCCUCUAGACAUUCCCUUGGGAGUGCAGCAAAAUGUAGUAGCGAGGGAUCCAAGAACCCUAGCUCGAGCAUCAGAAUCUGACACCAAAAGCGGAAGAUAGGUAUGACAAUGCAGAGUUUCAAGGGCCAUGUUCAUCUUUUUUCCUUUGUCAAACUUCACCAAUGCAGUUGCUUCAUCCUCCCUUUUCCCCAACAUUAAGGAGAACUUCUUUUUGUAUCCUUUUAUAAUUUAUACAACCUAUGUUAUGGCCUGGUCUAUUAAAAUAUGAAAUGAUGCUAUUUGAGUCAUCUCAGUUACAUGAGGUGAGUGGACUUGUAGUCCAGAAGGCCUUCAAAACAGGAUAAAGUAUUGUCAAUUUGUGGCAGGCAGGUAUAAUUUAUUCUAAGUUACCCCUUUUUGGGAUGA